AUGGAGGACUUCAACAGCGACACCGACAGCGACUACACAAGCUACUGGCGCGACUGGUUCAUAUCGUCCCGGGGCAACGAGUACUUCUGCGAGAUCGACGAGGAGUACCUCACCGACCGCUUCAACCUGACGGGGCUGAACACAGAAGUCCAGUACUACCAACAUGCGCUCGACCUCGUCACGGACGUGUUCGACUUCGACUGCGACGACGAGAUGCGCGAGCAGAUUGAGAAGUCGGCGCGUCACCUGUACGGGCUCGUCCACGCGCGCUACAUCGUCACGACGCGCGGGCUGGCCAAGAUGCUCGAGAAGUUCAAAAAGUCCGACUUUGGCAAGUGCCCGCGCGUCAUGUGCGAGUCGCAGCCGCUGCUGCCCAUGGGCCAGUCGGACGUGGCCAACACGUCGCCCGUCAAGCUGUACUGCGCGCGCUGCGAGGACCUGUACAACCCCAAGUCGUCGCGCCACGCAGUAAUCGACGGCGCCUACUUCGGCACCUCGUUCCACAACAUCAUGUUCCAGGUCUACCCGGCCAUGCUGCCGCCGAAAUCCCAGCGACGCUACGAGCCGCGCGUCUUUGGCUUCAAGGUCCACGCCGCCGCCGCCCUGUCGAGGUGGCAGGGCGACCAGCGCGACGCCACAAAGGACCGCCUGAAGGCCCUGAAGAUCGAGACGGGCUUCGAGGACGAGGACGACGAGCUGGACGACGACGAGGACGACGAGGACAUGGACGGCGCAGCCCUCCCGCACGAGUAG